GACGGAUUCUCCACACAGUGCGACCUGAACCACAGUACGACAAACGUCCACUGACCACUGCCGCUGUCGCCGCCGCCGUCUGCACAUCCUACCACGACUGUGUCAUGGGCCUCGAUGGGUACAAGUACAUUUUAUCCAAGAUGAAGGCGAGUCGCGGCAACCAGAGCCGCCUUGGCAGUUUCUCGUCCAUUGGAUGCGCCACGUACGACUUCCAUGGCGACGACGCUGUAGGAUACGGCCCCAACUACAUGGUGGUGGCAGAUGGGGUGUCGGGAACGCAGAAGGCAUCGGGCAUCCUGGCGCGGGUCCUCGUCACGGAGACACUGAACGCCCUCGAGCGCUUACGGCGGAAGAGUCUGUUGGACCCAAUCGUCGCCAUCAAGUCGUCGGACUUUGGGGCCGAGAUGGUCCGCGCCAUUCGGGACGCACGCGCUUUGACGCGUCGACGAGGACGAUUUGAUUCCGCGCUCACCGCCGUAUAUGUGGACGCGGCAUCGUCGCUACUGUUUGUGUUCAACGUUGGCGACUGCAAAUGCGUCGUGGUUCGGCGCAAUGUGGUGGUGUUUGAGAGCGACGCCACUAUCUACGACUUCAAUGUGCCCGCGGUGGUGUCCACGAUGAAUGAGAUCCAUUACCCCACCGACGCCGUGGAGAUCCAGGUCGCCGCGUACGAACCUGGCGAUGUGGUGAUGGUGUUUUCCGACGGCGUCCACGACAACCUGUACGUGGAUCAAGUGCUGCGCGCGGUGGCAUCCCAUCCGAACCAGGGCGCGGACAUUGCAAAGGCCACCGUGAAGGCAUGCCGAGACACAUUUACGCGUCAUUGCGGGUACAUUCCGUUUGCCGUGGCGGCGGCGGGGUUCUGCCUGUCGGCCGUCGAGGAAAUGAAAGCGAACGACGCGAUCUCCUCUGCGGAUUUCGAGGCGUUUGAAGCCAAAUGUCGCGACCUUCCGCGGCCCCAUACUCGUGCCAUCUUUGGCAACGACAAACGCGUCAAGAACUUGGCAUUCUACAGCGCGUCCAACCUCCUCACAUUUGCCAACAAGCAGGUCGGCAAGAAGGACGACAUCUCUGUAUGUGUGGGCGUGCUGGCCUGAUGAUCGAUGAUGCUCUUUGUAUAAAUUUAACUUAAUUCGAAUGGAACGUUGAUGUUUGGUUCAUCCUGG